AUGCUUUUAUUUUUUAGAAAUUAUCUUAAUUCAACAAGAGUUUGGACAUUGAAUUUUGUUUUUGCAGGAAAUAUUAUUAAUAUAUCUUUAUUAUAUAAAAAUGGAAUUGAAAUCGAUUAUAGGAUAUUUUUAUGCACACUUUUAAUUCAAAUUUUAGUUAACAAUAUUUCAAAUUUAGUGAAUUCAUAUUAUGAUUUUAUUAAAGGAUUAGACAAUGAAGAGACAUCAGGUGAUAGAACAAUGUUUAAAUAUAGUCUAUCAUUAAAUCAAAUUUAUUUAUUUACAAAAUUAACAUUUGCAUUGACUAUAUUAAUAACCAUUUAUUUAAACUAUUUAAUAAGCAACAAUAAUUUAAAAUCAGUUAUUGUAUUAUCAAUAAUAGUAUUAAAUACUUUUUUAGCAUUUUUUUAUACAGCCCCACCUUUUGAAUUCAAAUAUAAUUUUUUAGGGGAACUCUCAGCUUCAAUUGGAUAUUUUUUUAUUGGAUCAUUUUCGUAUUAUUGUCAAACUAAUAAUGGAUUAAAUGAUUUAUUUCAUUACUCAAUGAUAUUUACUUUGGGAAGUUUAUCAAUAAUCUAUUCAAAUAAUGUUAGGGAUAUCAAGGUUGAUAAAAUGGCUAAUAUUAAAACAAUUCCAAUAUUUUUAGGUGAAAAAAUAUCUUAUAUAAAAUCAAAAACUUCAUUAUUUUAUAUCGAUUUAUUAUCAGCUAAAAUGGUAUUAAAAUUAAGUAUAUUGUUAUCAGUUGGUAUACUAUUAAAAUCAAAUCAAUAA